UCCAGUGGGCUUCAAGUGCGACACCGGCCAUCUCACACUCCCAGAUGGAAUCAGAGGUAAAAAUAUCCCUGUGCAGACACACACAUCCGGACAGCAGGCUAAUGAGCUGUGGGUGUUGCGACAUGCCAGAGAGGAUGCUGAGUUUUUGCGGGGGGAUGACAAGGUGAAUUCAACUUCCCAAGUUUACCCCUGUGGACAAGCCCUGAGACGCAGAGAUGGCUGUGAUGAGGAAGAGGUUCUCCUCUGUCUGCUCCUCUUCCUCGGCUGAAGAAGACAGUGCAAGCCUCUAUGACAGCGUUCCCGUUUCUGCCACUGAUCCACCCAGUGAACAAGAACAUCCCUAUGCAUCUCUGCUCGAUUGUCAUCGUGUCCAAGACUCUUUGCUGAGCUCCAACAGCAGCUUCACCGGAUACAGAGGCAUCCUCAACUGGAUCAUCAUUCUCCUGAUCCUGACUCAUGCUCACUUGUUUUUGGAGAAUUUCAUACAACAUGGCUUUUUGAUAGAUGUCAAAAAAGUGUUGGAGCAUCUCAUCGAGGACAACUGCAAUUGGCCAUCUGUCAACCUCAUACUGGCUGCCAACAUGUUUGCCAUCUCAGCUUUGCUCCUUGAAAGGUCUCAGGAAAAGGAUAUGCUGUCCCCCACCAGCGCUCAUCGUUUACAUCUCACAAAUCUGGGGUUGCUCCUGCUAUUUCCUGCUGCAGUCAUUGUACGGGAGCCUACAAUAUCAACAGGUGGAGCAUUCUUCUCUCUCUGGUUCUACACUGCUCUGGGGAUGAAGCUUUAUUCAUACCAGGAAACUAAUCGCUGGUACAGACAAGCUCAUUUAACUGAUGCAGAGACAGACAAGAAUGUCUCUGUUGCGCAAAAAGCCCACAAUGAGCAUCUAACUUUCCAAGAUCUGUAUUAUUUCCUGUUUGCCCCCACUCUGUGCUACCAGAGAGACUUCCCUUGUACUCCUAAGGUCCGGAUCAAUAAGCUACUGCACAGGCUGCUGGAAAUGGUCAUCGUUAUCCAGAUCAUGGUUGGAAUUGUGCAGCAGUGGAUUGAGCCCAUCUUCCAGAGAUCAGAAAACUCCUUCUCUAGUAUGGACAUCACUAUGAGAGUGGAGCAUCUGGUGGGACUGGUGGCACCAACCCAUUUCCUCUGGCUCCUCUUCUUCUUCUUGAGUCACUCCUACCUGAAUUUCUGUGCAGAACUGCUGCGCUUUGGUGAUCGUCAUUUUUAUGGCGACUGGUGGAACGCUACAACUCUGAUCACUUUCUGGAAGAAUUGGAAUAUUCCCUUUCAGAAAUGGUGUCACAGACAUGUAUACACACGGCUGGUGGAAAAGAAUGUGCCCCCAUCACGAGCAGAGUUAAUGGUCUUCCUGAUGUCAGCUGCUCUUUGUGAGUAUAUGAUUGCUCUGCCCCUGCAUAGCUGUCGUCUGUGGAUCUUACUCAUGAUGGUAUUUGAGCUUCUGGUUGCAGUAUUCCUCGGAAACUAUUUCCAGGGAAACUAUGGUAACGGCUUAGUGUGGCUAUGCCUGCUGCUGGGCCCUCUUCUGGCUGUGGUCACUUACUUUCAUGACCACUACAUCAGCUUCCAUCACCAUCAUCAUCAGUCAUCAUCCUCACCACUGACAUCAGACCACCGUCUUCCCAGUGCAGUUUUCCUGCAGCCUCAGUGAUCAAGGAGAAGUGAGAGAAAUUCUAUCAUAUUGUACUGUAUUUACAAGUAAACCAAGAGGAUAUGGCUGUGAUCCAAAGCUCAGUGAAGGCAAAGGAUACAUUUUGAUGGAGUUACAAUCCAUGAGCUCUACCCAGUUCAGUAAUAUUUAUAUAUGUUGUGUAGAUUAAUUAAUGGACCUAUUCCAUACUAGCAAAUUAUGCUACAAUACUUCCACAUCUUACAAAUAUUUAUGCAGUAAACAACUGAUUUAGAAUUUUUUUGUCUAAUUUUGUACUUCUGAAGCUUGUUGAAUGUAACCAAAAAAUGAAUUGCAACAUGGCGAGACUGCAGCAAUCUGAGCCACUGUGUUAGUCAGUAAAGGUCAAGAUCAUUCCUGUUAUAAUGAUGUGAGUCAGCAGCACAGAAGAUAAGGUUGCUGCUCACACACUGCUGUGUCAACAUGUGGUUAAGGAGCCCUAGUUCAUCUAAGUUUACCGUAAGUUUCAUGGACGUGGUCUAAUCAGGAAAUACAGGGAAUGAUUGUACCUCGUGGUUCAAUGAGUCCAAAUGUGGAAUGAUUUAAAGCACGUCUACCAGCCAAGUAAAGUUUGUGUAGGCCUUAACGACAGUUAGAAAUGCUUUGGCUUGUUCUCAUAAUUCCUCUGCUGUAUUUUUAUUUUAUAGCAUAUAAUAAAUUAUAGAGGCCUACCACUAAAAGAUGUGUACUAUUAUUGUGCUCAGAAGAUCACUUGAUUUUACAUCUUUAGUUAACUCUUAGUUACAGAACACAUUAGACCUUUAACAAAGUGAUUUGUCUCGUCUCAAUGUCUAUAAUGGUAAAAGUGAUGAUCAGUACAUGGUGCAUAGUCUGUCAAUGCUCUUCUUGUCACUGGAGCAGCGAAACACAAGGAGCCCAAAUUGUCUUUGUAUGGCCAUGGCCGUACAAGGGUAGGGUAUGUAUUUAUGUAUGUAUGUAUGUAGCCUGUUGCUUUCAAGCACUCAUCAAGUAUAGUGCUUAUGCAUGUACAUGACAGCAUAAUUAUAAUUUGCAUAGAGCCCUACAAACAAACUAUGCUGGAGUAGAAGGUAUGUACUGAGGUCUCCUUAAGCAGACGUCACCGACAGUAUCUGCCACGGACUAUGUCACAUGGAAAACAUACAUUAAACUUACUCACCUCAUUAUAUGGUAAAUUUAAAACUGCUGUAAUCGAUUUUUAUAUAUAAGCAAUGUAUCGAAAGACCACAGUUCCCUUUCAGCUCUGCAACGAAUUUCAGUGUCUAUAAAAAUGCAAUGUCUA